GAAGGGUUUACAAAAUCAAGUGAUGCCGAGGAAUGCAGGUUUUUCGGAAUCCGCCGCCAACGGCUGCAUUUGCAGGUUGAGUUGCCAAGGUUCCAACAGAGGAUCACGAGCAUCAACCGCAAGAGCUUUCGCAUCGUCGACGAAUUGAAUCACCAAAUUUAGGGCUCUGAACUGGUUCGUCGUUUCAAUUGCUUCAACUCUUAAAAGACUGUUCAUCGAUUCAGUCUUACCUCGCCGCACGCCGUCACCGCACGAUAGACUGAAAGACGUGUAUAAUUGCACGGUUGACCUAUCUGAAGUUCCUUCCGUCUCGCGCUUACCAACUUCACUGAAAGACUUGUAUAAUUGCAGCUUUCAGUGUACUAAAUGGAAGACCUUGUCAAUGAUCAGCUAGAUUGUGGGAAGGGUUCAUGGAGUAUGGAUGGUGGUGGUAGCAAUCAAGUCAUCUUGUAUGGGAGUAAAAAGAGCGAUAAGAAGAGAAAAAACAUGAAUAAGGGAUGUAAAGGCACUCAGAUAAAUAAAAAACCAAAGUUGAGCAAGUCGCAGAAAAAAAAGAUGAUGAAAUUGGAGGAGGAGAAGGAAAAAUCACUUUUACUGUCGAAAAGCUUGGAGACAUUAGAGAAAUAUAAGAUUCCAGAUGAUGCAUUUCUUCUUUUGCGAUCUUCUGUUAAUAUUGGUCAGGAUGAAACAAGAUUGGAAAAACGUAGCAGAGAUAUACAAUUUUCUAAAGUAGGAAUAGAGUUUCCAAGGAAUGAACAGCAGUGGGAGAAAACUUGCUCCGACACAUCACAAGAUGAAAGUCAUCUUGGAUCUCUUGAAAUUUCUCCGAGGCAUCAACUUUCUGCCGAGGCUGAUGAGGAUUGCCCUUGCAUAGAAAAAAGAGAAGUUUCAUGUGGUUUGGAUUCCUUUCAAGAUCUGGACAGUGGUAACGUAGUCUCUAAUCAAGGAAAAUCCCUUUCUGCCUUGCCAGAUGAAGUUGAAAAUAUUUGUGCGGUUGUACUUGAAAGUGGAAGAGAUUUAUCUUGCACUCCCUGCACGGAUGGUGACUUUAAAGGACCUGAGAUAAUGGAUAAGAGGGACGAAAUUCCAAAGGUAGAAAUUUGUACGACAUCUGACCCGCUUCCAGAAUUGAGGCUUUUGUCUAGGCCAAUUGUGGUGCCUGUAUCAAGGCCAUGUGAGGUUGAAGACAAACGAAAAGAUCUCCCAAUAGUCAUGAUGGAGCAAGAGAUUAUGGAAGCUAUAAAUGAGAACCCCAUAGUUAUUAUAUGUGGAGAGACUGGUUGUGGCAAAACAACUCAAGUUCCUCAGUUUCUGUAUGAAGCUGGCUUUGGUUCAUUACAAUCUAGUCACCAGAGAGGUACCAUUGGGGUAACUCAACCUCGGCGUGUUGCUGUACUUGCCACUGCUAAGCGUGUUGCAUAUGAGCUUGGUGUUCAUCUAGGCAAAGAGGUUGGCUUUCAAGUAAGAUAUGACAAGAAAAUUGGAGGUAGUAGCUCAAUCAAGUUCAUGACUGAUGGAAUUUUACUUCGCGAAGUUCAGCAUGAUUUUUUAUUGAAGCGUUACUCUGUUCUAAUUCUCGACGAGGCGCAUGAGAGGAGUAUGAACACUGAUAUAUUAAUUGGAAUGCUGUCACGUGUUGUUAAGCUUCGUCAGGAUUUGCAUAUGAAACAACGACAGAUAAUGCUUUCAGGAGGAGAAAUUAGUCCUGAAGAUAUGAUUUUUCCAUUGAAGUUGGUGCUUAUGAGUGCUACCUUGCGAGUGGAAGAUUUCAUCUCUGGGGGAAGGUUGUUUCAUGUUUCACCUCCCGUUAUAGAAGUUCCCACUAGACAAUAUCCAGUAACUGUACAUUUCUCGAGGAGAACAGAUACAGUUGAUUAUAUUGGUCAAGCAUAUAAAAAAGUUCUGGCAAUUCACAAAAAGCUUCCACCUGGAGGUAUACUCGUCUUCGUUACUGGACAGAGAGAAGUUGAGAAUAUGUGCAAGAAGCUUCGGGAAGCCUCAAAGAAGUUGAUUAAAAAAACAUCUGAAAGAAAUGUUGGAAUUGGCAAUGGUGCUAUUGAAAUGAAUUCAAUUCAGAAUUUAGAUAUGAAGGAGAUUAAUGAAGCAUUUGAAGAUCAUGAAUUUUCAGCUGGUGAGCAAACAGAUCGAUUUAGCUCUUGUGAUAAGGACGAGUUUGAUGUAAAUGACGAUGCGUCUGAUGCUUCAUACAAUUCAGAAACAGAUAGCGAGUUGGAAUUUAGUGAAGAUGAUGCAUUGUUUGAUGAGGAUGAUGGCAACCUUACUGAUGUUUUAAGAGAAGAUGCAAGUAUGGCUUCUCUCAAGGCUGCAUUUGAUGCCUUAGAUGAAAAAGUUGCCUUUGAUAAAAUACAGGUUGAUCACUCUACAAAAGGUGAAUUACCAGCCAAACGUGUCAGUGCAAGAAUGAAAGAAAAUGGUGAACUUGGUUUCUUGGUUGGUGCAUUGCAUGUUCUUCCUCUCUAUGCCAUGCUUCCGGCAGCGGCUCAACUGCGUGUGUUUGAAGAAGUCAAGGAAGGAGACCGGCUUGUUGUUAUUGCUACUAAUGUUGCUGAAACUUCGUUGACUAUCCCAGGCAUAAAAUAUGUGGUGGACACUGGGAGAGAAAAGGUUAAAACGUAUAACUCCUCAAAUGGGAUUGAAAAUUAUGAAAUACAAUGGAUUAGUAAGGCAUCAGCCGCCCAACGUGCUGGAAGAGCUGGAAGGACAGGGCCUGGGCAUUGUUAUCGUCUCUAUUCUUCUGCAGUUUUUAGUAAUAUAUUCCCUGAUUUUUCUCUCGCUGAAAUAGCUAAAAUACCAGUUGAUGGUGUUGUCCUUCUUAUGAAAUCAAUGGGUAUCAGUAAGGUGGUCAAUUUUCCAUUUCCUACUCCUCCUGAGACCUCAGCGGUACUUGAGGCUGAGAGUUGCUUGAAGGCUCUUGAAGCUCUUGAUAAUGAUGGCAGAUUGACACCCUUGGGGAAGGCAAUGGCUCGCUAUCCUUUGAGUCCGCGCCACUCCAGGAUGCUACUUACGGUUAUUCAGAUUAUGAGAAACUUGAAAACUUAUGAUCGAGCAAAUCUUGUUCUUGCAUAUUCUGUCGCGGCAGCUGCAGCUUUGAGCACGUCGAAUCCUUUUGUCAUGAUGUUUGAAGGAAGUCAAGUGAAGGAUGAUUUAGAACAAUAUGAUAGAUCUCUUGAACUUGCUGACACAAAAGCUGAAGAAAAAGUGGAAAAGUCAUUGAAAAAGAAGCUAAAAGAAGCUGGUAAACUCUCCCGUGAAAAGUUUUCAAAUCCUACUAGUGAUGCUUUGACGAUAGCUUAUGCUUUGCAAUGUUUUGAACUUUCUGAAAGUCCUGUGGCAUUCUGCAACACCCACACAUUACAUCUAAAAACUAUGCAAGAAAUGUCCAAGUUGAGAAAGCAGCUAUUACAACUUGUUUUCAAUCAUAGUGGUUCUGCUAUUGCUGAUUCAGACUUUUCAUGGACUAAUGGGACUUUGGAGGAUGUUGAAAAUGUCUGGAGGAUCCCGUCCAAUAAGCAUCCUCUUUCACUGAACGAGGAAGAGAUAAUUGGCCAAGCAAUCUGUGCAGGUUGGCCAGAUAGGGUUGCCAAACGUAUUAGAGAGAUUUCUAAGUCAACUGAAGAUGACAGAAAAGAACGCACUGGAAAGUAUCAAGCUUGCAUGGUAAAAGAAAAUGUGUUCCUCAACCGACGGUCGUCUGUUUCUCGUUCAGCCCCAGAAUUUUUGGUGUACAAUGAAUUAUUGUGUACAAAACGACCAUACAUGCAUGGAUUGACAAGUGUAAAACCAAAUUGGCUCGUGAAAUAUGCUAGUUCCUUGUGUACUUUUUCAGCACCUUUAACAGAUCCUAGACCCUAUUACGAUCCUCAAAAUGACACAGUGUUUUCAUGGGUUGCUCCUACAUUUGGCCCUCAUCUUUGGAAGCUUCCUUUACACAAUGCCCCAAUAAAAGAUAAUGCUCAUGGAGUUGCAGUGUUUGCAUGUGCUUUGCUUGAAGGGAAUGUGUUGCCAUGCCUAAAGUAUGUGCGUAAGUUCAUGGCAGCUCCUCCCAGUAGUAUCUUAAGGCCGGAGGCAUUAGGCCAAAAAAGAGUAGGCAAUCUUCUAUCUAGACUGAAGUCCAAGAAGAUUAAUAGUUGUGCCACAUUGAGAGUGGUUUGGAAGGAUAAUCCUUAUGAACUCCAUUCAGAAAUUUUGGAUUGGUUUCAAGAGAGUUAUCACAGUCACUUUGAAGACCUUUGGUCACAAAUGCUGUGUGAAGUACAAGAGCCCCCAGAACGUCUCUCCAGGAAGUUGAAAAGGGCCAAGAAAAAAUUUUGAUGACCGAAUGUCCUUUUGACAAAAUGUUUAGAGAACUUGAAACCUGCUACUGUUUAUCUGUGUAGAAGAUAUGAGGACGAAGAAAAUAUUCGAACAUCUUUUGUAAAUUAGAUAUUCUAUUUAUACAAAAUUUUGGUUCAAGGUUUGCCUUUUAGGUGAGGUGAGUUGCCUGUUCUGUUUUUCAGAGUUCAACAGGAGAUGUUCUUAUGUUUUUUAACCAUAGUUGUUCACCCUCGUAUAACAGGGUUCUAAAGUUUUGAUUUGUAUAUAUUUAUUAGUGUUACUUGUGCCUCUCUCGUAUACCAGUUGAGGUUAAUUUUUAGA